CCAGCAGCUGAGUUAACAUACAAGGCAAGAAGAGCAGCAGAGGCUGGGCUUGAGAUCCAAGCUGCACUCACUGUGAGCAGGAGGCUAGAUAGAUCAAGCACAUCCAAAAUACAAAUUCCUGUACACAGUGAGUACAUUAUCUCAGAUGAACAUUUUGGUACACGGAGACAACCUUGGGAGAAGUUGAUGGGAUAUCUUCAGCUAGGAGGAAAGCAGCCAGAGACAUCAGCCUUUGAAGCCUGCGAAGACAAUCCUGAGCAGCGAUUGUGAUCGGAGUGCGGUUACUGCUAGACACCUGCUGCGGAGCUCUGAAAUGAACCUCUCACGCUGAUCGUUUUAUUAUCUGGGAGGCAGGAGUACUGGAUUCCACGGACUUCAGGCUAAGGAGCAAACAGUCCUGAUCGUUGUCACAGACCUCUGAACCAGUGUGAUGGUGAAAUGAGAUGAGGCUCCGCAAUGGAACUGUAGCCACGGCGUUAGCGUUUUUCACUUCAUUCCUUACUUUAUCCUGGUACACCACCUGGCAAAAUGGGAAAGAAAAACUAAUUGCUUAUCAACGAGAAUUUCUUGCUUUAAAAGAACGUCUUCGAAUAGCUGAACACAGAAUUUCCCAGCGCUCUUCUGAGUUAAGUACCAUCGUGCAACAAUUCCGGCGUGUGGGCGCAGAAGCAAAUGGAAGUAAGGAUGCAUUGAAUAAAUUUUCAGAUACGACCCUAAAGCUACUAAAAGAGUUAACAAGCAAAAAAGCUCUUCAAGUGCCAAGUAUUUAUUAUCAUUUGCCUCACUUACUGCAAAAUGAAGGAAGCCUUCAGCCCGCCGUGCAGAUAGGCGGUGGGAGGACAGGAGUUUCAAUAGUAAUGGGAAUUCCCACAGUGAAGAGAGAAGUUAAAUCUUACCUCGUAGAAACUCUUCAUUCCCUUAUUGAUAAUCUGUAUCCCGAAGAGAAGUUGGACUGUGUUAUAGUAGUCUUCAUAGGAGAGACAGAUAUAGAUUAUGUACACGGUGUGGUGGCCAACCUGGAGAAAGAGUUUUCGAAAGAGAUCAGUUCUGGCUUGGUGGAAGUCAUUUCCCCUCCUGAAAGCUACUACCCUGACCUGACAAACUUGAAGGAAACAUUUGGGGACUCUCAAGAAAGAGUGAGAUGGAGAACAAAGCAGAACCUAGAUUACUGUUUCCUCAUGAUGUAUGCUCAGGAAAAGGGCGUGUAUUACAUUCAGCUUGAGGAUGAUAUCAUUGUCAAACAGAAUUAUUUUAAUACUAUCAAAAAUUUUGCCCUGCAACUUUCUUCUGAGGAAUGGAUGAUUCUGGAGUUUUCCCAGCUGGGCUUCAUUGGUAAAAUGUUCCAGGCGCCAGACCUCACUUUGAUCGUGGAGUUCAUAUUUAUGUUCUAUAAGGAGAAGCCCAUUGACUGGCUCCUGGACCACAUCCUCUGGGUGAAAGUCUGCAACCCUGAGAAAGACGCAAAACAUUGUGAUAGACAGAAAGCCAAUCUGCGAAUUCGCUUCAGACCUUCCCUUUUCCAACAUGUUGGUCUCCAUUCAUCACUGUCUGGGAAAAUUCAGAAACUCACGGAUAAAGACUACAUGAAACCAUUACUUCUUAAAAUCCAUGUAAAUCCACCUGCAGAGGUAUCAACUUCCUUGAAGGUUUAUCAGGGGCACACACUGGAGAAAACUUAUAUGGGGGAAGAUUUCUUCUGGGCUAUAACCCCAAAUGCUGGAGACUACAUCUUGUUUAAAUUUGAUAAGCCAGUCAAUGUAGAAAGUUACUUGUUCCACAGCGGCAACCAGGAACACCCGGGAGACAUCCUGCUCAACACAACUGUGGACGUUUUGCCUUUAAAGAGCGCAGGUUUGGAAAUAAGCAAAGAAACCAAAGACAAACAAUUGGAAGAUGGCUAUUUCCGGAUAGGAAAAUUUGAGAACGGUGUGGCAGAAGGAAUGGUGGACCCCAGUCUAAACCCCAUUGCAGCCUUUCGACUUUCAGUUAUUCAGAAUUCUGCUGUGUGGGCCAUUCUUAAUGAGAUUCAUAUUAAAAAGAUCACCACUUGACCAUCUAAGAAAUCAACGUGUUUUUCCCCUCCAUCUGUCAAUUAAAGAUAAUUAAGCAUGUACUUUUUUUUAAACUUGAACACUACCUCUUGUGAAAUCUACUGUAGAUAAGAUGAUUGUCAUUUCCACUUGGAAAGUGAAUCACCCAUGGAUAAGUGUAUUCAUUUGAAGUUACACCGUCCUCUAAUUUUAACUUGACUCAGACAUUUUACAAUUAUGACAGCCUGUUAAUAUGACUUGUACUAUUUUGGUAUUAUACUAAUACAUAAGAGUUGUACAUAUUGUUACAUUCCUUAAAUUUGAGAAAAAUAAUGUUAAAUACAUUUUAUGAAGGGGGUACUUUUGAAGUUCAUUUAUUUUACUAUUAUGGACCCUCUUUUAUAGAUUAUCAGGGAUUAUAUAUAUAUAAAUAUAUAAAUAUACAUACAAAUGUUAUGGAGUUAAUUUAUUGGAAACACUUAAGAAGUACAUAUUUUUGUGCAGUAAAUUUUGGAAUCGAUACUUUUUUUGAAAACGUUACCUUGCUUUUUUAAGUUCUUUCUAUAUCUUUUCUUUGAAAAUGCCAACAUUACGAAUCAAUGCCAUUUUUCAAAUGCACUGCCAUUUAAGAUUGACUAGAGGUGGAUUUCUUAACUGAAGCACUUUUCUAAUAACAGCGACUCUGAACAAAAUAUUUUCAAAGGCAUUUGUCAUUCUUUAAAGCCAAGAUUUUAAAGACCAACGGCCUUCUCGAGGGUUCUUUUACGGUACCGUGUAUGGUGCGCAGCCACAAGAAAUAAGUGUGGUGAUUUCAGCAAGCAGGGGUGACGUGUCCAACGCGAGUCAUCAGCGAGUCGACGCCUAACACUUCCUCCGGGUGAGGAUGAAAAACUCUUCUUUCCUUUUUAAUCUUUGUCUUCAAUUCAUGAGUUAGAUGUAUUCCGUCCUUUUGAUCCUUUUAUAUCUGCUGUCAUUUUCUGAGUUCUGACAAGAUGUUUUCUAUGUAAUGUUCUUGUACGAGUCGUAACGGGUAUAAUUUUAAAGAAAAAGUUGUAAUACUGAUUUUUGGUGAAAGGUAUUGUAGCAGUUGUUUUUCCAGAAUGAUUUAUUCUACUGCAUUGCAUUACGAAGUAAAUCAUGUGUCCAAAAAGAGCAUUUUUUACUCUUAAUACACCCAAUUCUAAAUAUUAUUAUAGUCAAAGAAUUCCAUCAGCCUCAGCAGUCAGUGAUCUCUACAAAGUAAAGUCAUGAACUGGGCACCGGUUCCCAGCUAGUCUCCUCGGAUAACCCAGUGGGCUGCUGUACAGACUCAUGCUCUGGGCUUUGAGUGGCCCUGGCUUAGGCCUGGGUCGUGGUAUCCGGCCUGGAGGAACUUCAUCAGUUACCAGUGUAUACCACAGAUAGCACGAAGCAGUAUCAUUUUCUGUGCAGUGUUACAAAGGGGGAAAGUAGGAGAUGUUGACAUAGCUAUUUUCAUCAGUCUGUGUUGUAAUAGUUUUUACUUCCCUUGCCUGGAAAAUCCAUGAUGAUGUCAAUAAUGAUUCUUAUAGCAAAGUCCAAUUAGAAUGUUUUAUUGGGGGUUUAGGUCUUCACAUUUUCUUUACUUUUUAUUUUUUUCUCCAGUUUCUUAAGCUCAGUGCCCACAAGCACAUUUCUUCAAAAAGAGAUGUGACCUUUUGUUAUAAAUGUUGGCCCCAGCUUUCAGCAUAUUAGAUUAUUGCUGAAGCUACUGAGCAGGAGAAGGUAGAAGUCUGUGCAGAUGGGCCUAGGGGUCCCCUUGAGUUCGUGGUCCCUCAGAGGCCAGCUGUGACUUAAGGAAGAAACACUAUUCUCUGAAAUAGAGUGUUUCUGACAGAUGCAGAGCUCCCAAGGGCAGCUUGUCAUUGGUGCUGCUUGGUGUACUGUGACAGGUGCUGUGUGACCUGUGUUAGUUGCUCCCUGUUUUUAAUCCCAUCCAACACUAGGCAGUCAGCGGCAGCCAUUGUGUCUCCCAGCAAGGAACUGUGGCAGGAGCCCUGCAGGGUGGUGCUAGGGUGGAGUGGGAGGAGGUAAAGAGUGCCUGGAACUGGAAGAAGAAAAAUAUACCGAAGCACUUUUACCAAAGCAGUGAGUGAGAAAAGUGUCACAUGGUGGACUCAUUAUAUGUGUAAAAGGGCAUAGUUUGGCAUCUAGUGUGUAUUUCACAAUAAACUGUUGCUGACCUAUACAACAGCCACUAGACACAGGGUGGCUAUUUAAGUUAAAAAGUAAAAAGAAUUUACUUUUGCAUUUGCCCUAGCUACAUUUCAAGUAUGCAGCGGCCAUGUGUAGCUAGUGACCACCAAACUGGACACCAGAGAAACAGAUCAUUUCCUUCCUUGCAGGAAGUAUUAUUGGAUGGUACUAUGUGGAGAGUGCUGAUGUGACUCUUUAGGAGCCAGAAUUCAUUAAUGAGGUUAAAAGUAGGCAGGAAUAUAUUAUAAUGCAAAUGAGUAUUAGGAGGCAAGGUCCAAGGUGUCUUAGUUCUGUUAGACUCAAGUAUUCUCAGCAUGCACUGUAUCGUACCAUGUAGUCAAGAUAGUGAUUGAAAAUGUUAGAAAAAGUUAAUGCAAACAUGUAGCGUGUGGACUAGACAUGUAGGUAUGUAUUCAGCCAUUAGAGAUGUCUUUAAACAGAGGCACUGUGGCUUUUCAGAUCAGUGGCUGCACCGUAAAGAAUUAAAAGGUGUAAUCAUUUUAAAAGCCAUCAGCAAAGCUGUUAAGGCUUCUUUAAAAUCUUUCAUAAUAAGGAGAAACAAAAUUGUCUCCCAACAAUGCCGUCUCUCAAAGAAAAGUUUGGUUAUAUGGAAACGGCACAUUGGAGAGAUUGUCCAGUUAGGAGCAGUGUGUAUUUGUGCUAAGGCAGAAUCAGAACAGUGAUUCCCCCCAACCGUCGUGACCGUGUAUAAUAGAAUUCCCUCCCCUGAGCAUGGGUGGGACUGCACGGUUCAUGAUUAUGCUGUGCUUUACAGAGCAGAGGGGAGAUGAUUGGGGGUCACUAGUCCAACGUCAGCCCUUUCAAAGCAGUCUCCUCCGAGGACAGCUCAAAACACCAUUGCUGGUUUUAAGGGCAAGGGGCUGCAUCAGAGCUGAGAGUGGCUCUGGUAGCCAGGAAGGAAAAUGGACCUCAUCCCUGUAGCAUGGGAACCGAGUAUAGGGCACAGGUUCAUUCAUAGGCCGAGAAGUGGGUUUGACUUCAGAGCCCAGCCUGGUCAGCGCCGGGCUCUCAGCUUUGGGGGACCCUGAACAGCAUUCACUUAGGCCUGCUCAGACUUCUGACCUGCAGCCCUAAAAUGACUGGGUGGUGUUUCGAGCUGUUAGAUUUGUGAUUUGGUGCUUUGCAGCAGUAGAAAAUCUUUGAAAGUGGUGAAGAGAAGUCUUCGUCCUUGAUUCCAGAUAGUAUGCUGGUUGUUUUUUUUUUUAAACACACGUGGGUAGAACCUUCACUAGGAAAUGACAUUCCUGGGCUUUAGGUAGAAUGUUCUCUGCCAGAGGUCAGAGUCUUCAUUAGCAGGUUCUUAGUGACAGAGCUGUAGCAUUUUAUGAAAGAGAUGCAGGAAUGAGAUUGUGGGACUGUGAGGAAUGUUUUUUCCUACCUGAGGUGUUCAUACUGAUUUAGAGAUUGCUCUGAAGUAUACAAAAGAAUGAUGAACAGUGGUAUUUUAGGUAAGAUGCCAAAUUAAGAGAAAAAAUUUCUGCCUUUACAAUAGAGUUUAGAUAAUUUGUACGAGGGACUUGUUUUUAAAAAUCAAUUUAUCUAACAGAUCAAACCCUAUUUGUGCCAACCAAAUUUUUGUACUUUGAUGUUUUCCAAAAUAUCUGCUUCUAAGAUGUUAACUGCUAAUGAAGUUUUUUUAUUUUGGUUUAUGUAUUAAGUUUUGUGCUCAUUUUUACUAUAUUGCCAUAGCCUUGAUGGAAGACAAACGGAGCUAAAUGAAAGAAGAUGAGGCUGUUAGAUUUGUCAAAAGAUCACAAAUUUGUGUCAUAAUCAUCUCUUCACAUUGUAAAGGAACGUAGCUAUCCAAUCCAGUCUCUUUAUAGAAAAGGAAACUUUCCCAAGCUAUGUACCAAUAUUUAUAGUAUGUAAAUUUUAAUAAUGGUAAAAUUUUAAAUUAAUCUUAACUGAUAUAUGCUAUGACAACUAGUAUGCUUAUUUUAUUUCUUUAAUGCAUGUGAAUAUACAAUGCUAAAAGGACAACAGCAUUAUUAUUUUGUAAACAAAAAGCAAAUCAAGGAUUUUGUUACAGGUACCCUUACAUCACCACUAGCUAAACUCUUCUUACCUGAAACUCCUUCCUCCGGUUUUUGGGCACUAAGUAGAUCUUUGUCAAAGAAGCCGGCACCUGAUCACGUGCUUGGGCAGAGAGAAAGGUGCCCUUAUUUAGGACAGCAAAGGGAGUGUUGAGGAGAAGCACUUGCGCAAGGCAUGGGUCCACUUUGUUAAUGCUGCAGUAAAAUGUAAAGAACAGCGGUGCUAACACUGGUCUGAAAUAGAGAUUGUUCCUUGUGGGGAAUAUUUUAAUAUUCUUGGACAUUAGGGAGGUUAUAUUAUAUCACUUGAUCUUAGCAGCUUUAUUGUAUUAGUCAUUAGCAAAUUGUCCUAGAAUCAAAGGUUCAGUAGUCAGCUCGGGUAGCAUUCCAUUACUGAACUGAAAUGCUCAUGUAUGCCCCAAUUUGGUGAAAAUACCUUUGAAGACAUAUUCUCUGAGCCUUAAAAGUGGCUGACAUCGACAGUACUGUAAGAUGCACUGCCAGCAGAUUUGAUACUUUCAUUUCGGUAGACACAGUACGUUUUCUAAGGAAGAUUUAGAAUCCGCUAAACCUAAUGAUUGUUUCGUGUGUGGAAUGAGAACUAAAGCGUGCACCGUUCCGCACACUUCCUCUGGGAAGGCUCUUCUGCAUCCGGGGGGAUUCUGGAGCAUCCCCUGGAGAAGCUGCCAGAGGAUCUCUGCCAGGCUGUACCAGAUUUUUCUUUCCAAAUGUAUUGUACAUAUUUUCCUUAGGAUGUCUUCAUGGGUUGGACGGUUAAUAUAUUUAGUAAUACUUUAGGUACCUGUUGGAUUUUUAAAGGAAGAUUAUGUAUUUUCCAGUUUGCUGCUAUAACUGAAAUCCUAAUAACUGGUCCUGUUGACUGUGCCUUUCAUCCCCGUUUCUGUGCCACAGCAGUUCAUGUGUAUUUGAAAUAAAGAACUUUGAAAAGCCA